AACACAACCGUAUCGGAUUCUUCUGACACGUCCCCACGGCCACGAAGAACAAGAAAAACCGAUAACGAUAACAAAGCAACAUCAUUUUUUUUCUUUCAAAUCCAACGGUCAAUACUCGACGGCGAUGAGAACCAGCCAAACUCGCGGCGGUUUCUUUAAAAAUCAUCCCUAACAUAUAAAUUAUCCAUAAAAUUUCUAAUUGUUACAGAGAAACAGAGUAAUCAUGUCUAUGAUUGAACCGCUAAGACCAAUUACACACACUAGGUUUCACUCAUGCUUCUUCGCCUGCUCUCAAUCUAGGGGUAUCCUUCACCACCGCCGGAAUUCUAACCGUUUAAUUCCCAAUCCGUCGUCGUUUCGUCAUACAGUUUCUUUACAAACCCUAGCAACUGGUUUCUUAAGAAAUUAUCAUCACCACAGGUAUAGAAUUGUAUCCAAUUGCCAAGAGAGCGAUUCAACGACAACAACAGCAACAACGACAAGUUCAAGUGAUAAUAGAACAGAUACAGAAGGGCAAAAGAGUACUAACGCUAAUACUAAUUCGUCGACUUCCGAUUCUAAACAGCAACGGAAAGGGAGAAGUCAAUGGUGGUGGCCGAAGAAACCAUCCUGGAAAUGGCAACCGUUGAUGCAAGCACAAGAAAUUGGGGUUUUACUUUUGCAAUUAGGGAUUGCUAUUUUUGUUAUGCGGUUGCUCCGCCCCGGUAUCUCCUUACCGGGGUCCGAGCCGAGACAGCAGACUACUUUUAUUAGUGUGCCGUAUAGUGAUUUUUUGAGUAAGAUUAAUUGUAAUCAAGUGCAUAAAGUUGAAGUUGAUGGUGUGCAUAUUAUGUUUAAAUUGAAAAAUGAAGGAAUUCUUAAUAAUCAGGAGAGUAGUAGUAGUAAUGGUGAAGUGAUGAAUGGGAAUAGCAAAUUUCAAGAAUCAGAGUCUUUGUUGAGGACUGUUUCACCUACUACUAAAAGAAUUGUGUAUACUACUACUAGACCUACUGAUAUUAAGGCUCCUUAUGAGAAAAUGCUUGAGAAUCAGGUCGAGUUUGGCUCCCCUGAUAAGCGGUCUGGUGGAUUCCUGAACUCUGCCUUGAUAGCAUUGUUCUAUGUGGCUGUGCUUGCAGGGCUUCUGCACCGGUUUCCUGUUACUUUUUCCCAGCAUACAGCUGGUCAAAUUAGGAACCGAAAGUCUGGAGGUUCUGGUGGUUCAAAACUGUCUGAACAAGGAGAAACAAUCACUUUUGCUGAUGUCGCUGGUGUCGAUGAGGCAAAAGAAGAGCUGGAGGAGAUUGUGGAAUUUCUUAGGAACCCAGACAAGUAUGUAAGACUUGGUGCUCGCCCUCCUCGAGGUGUCCUCCUGGUUGGCCUUCCCGGGACAGGUAAGACUCUUUUAGCAAAGGCUGUUGCUGGAGAAGCCGAAGUGCCAUUUAUAAGUUGUUCUGCUAGUGAAUUUGUCGAAUUGUAUGUGGGCAUGGGUGCCUCCCGUGUGAGAGAUCUCUUUGCUCGGGCAAAGAAGGAGGCACCAUCUAUAAUAUUUAUUGAUGAGAUAGAUGCUGUGGCAAAAAGUCGUGAUGGAAAAUUUCGUAUCGUUAGCAAUGAUGAACGGGAGCAAACUUUGAAUCAACUGCUUACUGAAAUGGAUGGGUUUGAUAGCAACUCUUCUGUCAUUGUUCUUGGUGCGACAAACAGAUCGGAUGUCUUAGAUCCUGCACUUCGCCGGCCAGGAAGAUUUGAUCGGGUGGUUAUGGUGGAAACACCUGAUAGGCAUGGAAGAGAAGCCAUUUUAAAAGUGCAUGUUUCUAAGAAAGAACUUCCUCUUGGAAAGGAUGUUGACCUUAGCAACAUCGCUUCCAUGACCACUGGUUUUACUGGGGCUGAUCUUGCUAAUCUGGUUAAUGAAGCUGCUUUGUUGGCCGGAAGAAACAGCAAAUUGGUAGUGGAGAAAAUUGAUUUUAUUCAUGCAGUGGAGCGCUCAAUAGCUGGCAUAGAGAAGAAGACUACCAAGUUACAAGGAAGUGAGAAGGCUGUGGUUGCACGCCAUGAGGCUGGUCAUGCGGUAGUAGGUACUGCUAUUGCUAAUCUCCUUUCUGGACAGCCCCGUGUUGAGAAGUUAAGCAUAUUACCAAGGUCAGGAGGGGCGCUGGGCUUUACUUAUAUACCUCCAACAAGUGAGGAUAGAUAUUUGCUUUUCAUUGAUGAGCUCCGUGGUCGCUUGGUUACACUUCUUGGAGGACGUGCAGCAGAGGAAGUUGUUUAUUCAGGCCGUGUUUCAACAGGUGCACUGGACGAUAUACGUCGAGCUACUGACAUGGCAUACAAGGCAGUGGCAGAGUAUGGUCUUAAUAAGACAAUAGGACCUCUGUCUCUCGCAACACUCUCUGGAGGUGGGAUGGAUGACUCUGGAGCUGCUCCAUGGGGAAGGGAUCAGGGCCAUCUUGUUGAUCUUGUUCAAAGAGAAGUAAAAGAACUGUUGCAAUCUGCCCUAGAAGUAGCACUUUCUGUGGUUCGUGCUAAUACUACAGUCUUGGAGGGGCUGGGCGCCUGUUUAGAAGAAAAAGAGAAAGUUGAGGGUGAGGAGCUGCAAGAGUGGUUGAAGUUGGUGGUUGCUCCAAAAGAACUUUCACUAUUUAUUAAAGGAAAGCAAGAGUCUCUUCUCCCUCUGCAAGUUGGCUCGUGACAGCAAUGUUUGUGUAAAAGCUCCAGUUUUUAUCAGGUCUCCAUGGCAGCAGCAGUCUUUUGCUCGACUUGAACUCACACCCUGCGGCAUUUUAUAUCUGUCCAAGGUGAUAUCGGCUGCAUUUUAAUUUACAGAACUUAAAGUGGGGGAAAGCUCGACGAUUUACAUAUAUGCAAGUCUUUGCAUAUUAACAUAGCUGUUUGGAUUCAUGCAGGUAGGUGUUGGAAACUGUUGCAUAGAGCCGUUACAGGUUCUGAUUGUUGUCAAUCAUAACUUAUUGUUAUUCAGCUGUAUACAUGAUUUUUGGGUGAAAAUAUAACAAUUAAGAUACUCUGUUUUCCAAAGUGAAUGAGAAAACAAACACUGUACAUAUUAUAUUACAAGUUCUGAAAUUGAGUUAUGGUAUCAGGAAUUGGUUGUAGAA